AUGUCGUCCUCACACGAGGCACCUUCGCCUUCAAGCUCCCAGGACGAAGUCAAUUCAAACUCCCUUGGUGGCGAGCAGAAUCAACAAGCCGGUUUGUUAAGUCUGCUGAGAUCAAGAGAAAAAACGAGAGCUUCGGCGUUAAAACAAGAAGCACAAAAAGGAAUCAAAAGAAUAAUUUCUAUUCUAGGAACGAGACGGACAAGUGGGGCUUGGCUGUGGUUUAAAGAUCAUUCAACCAACCCAUCUAAAGCAGUCUGCACUGUUUGUAAUGAGGCCAAGCAUCCUACUCACUAUCAGCAGGCGUAUUCAAAUGAUCCUGAUGCGGUCGCCGUUUCAAGUGACGACGACAAUUACGGCUCCACGACUCCAAAGAAAAUGCGACUAACCCAGCCAACCCUAAUCGAGAGUCUUGAAUCUAAAAAGAAAUGGAAAAUCGAUGAUUUAAGGGCACAGAGUCUACAUUACACAAUAGGAGAGAUGAUAGCCGUUGAUGUCCUACCGUACAGCUUUGUAGAGAAAAUUGGAUUCAGGAGAUUAUUAGCGGCUAUGAAACCGCAAUAUCCGGUCCCAGGGCGAACUUACAUGACGGAUACAAUUAUUCCCAAAAUUUAUGAAAGGACACGGAAAAAAAUUUGGAGUCAAGUACAGGACGCUACCUGGAUUUCGUUCACCAGUGACAUUUGGACAAGCGAGCAAAAUAACUUUGGAUUUAUAAGUUUCACUGGGCAUUGGAUUGACGAUAUAUUUAAACAUCGCCAUGCUGUUCUUCAAUGUAAACAUUUUUCCGGUGAGCACAGCGGUCAGAAGAUUUCUGAAGUGAUACUUGAUAUGCUAAAAAGUUGGGAUAUUCCUACAAACAAAGUUCACACGUUAGUUCGUGACAAUGGUGCCAAUAUAGUCAAAGGUUUAAAUGAUGCUAAUCUGAGCAACAUCGGAUGCUUCGCCCACACAAUUCAGCUAGCAUUCCAUGAUUCAGUCAAAGCAGUGAGCGUCAAAAAUUUAAUUGCGAAAUCUAGGAAAAUAGUCGCAAAGUUUACUCAGUCCCAGAAGAACUCAACCCUUCUCCUUAAAAAGCAGAAAGAUAUGGGCCUGACACCAAAGAAACUGAUCCAAGAUGUCGCGACAAGGUGGAACAGCACGUUCUAUAUGCUUGAAAGGCUUCAGGAUCUAAAGGCAAUCAUAGCAAGUUUAUCAACUGAAAUUGAUUUUGACAAUUUGACCACAAAUGAGUGGACACUUCUACCAGGCGUGAUCGCUAUUCUGAAGCCCUUGGAAGAAAUUACGAAGCUUGUCAGCUUUAACUCUAGUAUCGUAUCAGAAGUGAUACCAAAUGUGGAAGCCCUCUUACGAUACUUCAAAAAAACUGAAGGUCUAGAUGCCGGAUUGAAGACUUUGAAAAAAGAGUUUCUAAAGAAUGUUGAAAAACGAUUCGAGAAACUACCCGAUGUGGAUGAAUAUGCAUUUGCAACUUGUCUAGACCCGCGGUAUAAACAAAUGUUCUUCUCUGACAACACUCGAGACCUGGUGAAGGCUAGAUUACAGAAUUUUAUCCUACAAGAAGAGAUGGGCAUCCCUGACCCUGCCUCUCCCCUCGAACCUCAACAAGCCGGCUUGUUUACAUCUGAACCCGAACUCCCCCCUUGUCAAUUAGAAGGUCCUUUAACGUUAGCGGACCAGUUGCAUGUCUCCUUCUGGAACUGUUACGAUGAAGCCAUUAAGCAAUCUAUGGAAAUUUCGGAGGUGUCAGAAGAAAAUAUUGAAGCCGCUGCAGUUAAACGGACCUCAAUUGUCGCCGAAAUUAAUUCGUAUUGGAAAGCAGAUCCAAUUCCUAUAAAAAGCAAGACUCUUACUUUGACGGAUACUGGAUUGAAUGAUCCCUUAAAAUGGUGGAAGACUAACAAGGACAAAUUUCCGACGCUUCAAAAAUAUGCAAAAAAGUUCUUAUCAGCCCCUGCCACCAGCGUCUACAGCGAAAGGAUGUUCUCUGAAGCUGGACAGAUCUAUGAUAACCUCCGAACGCAGCUGACUCCUAAUCAUGCAGAAACCCUACUUUUCUUAAAACACAAUCUGCCAAUAAUCAACUAUCAGUACUAA